AUGGAUAAUAAUAAUGAUGAGAAUGAGAAUGAGAAUGAGAAUGGAAGUGGUUUCAGUAAUUUCAGUAAUUUCAGUAAUUUUUAUACAAAUAUAAAAAGAAGAAAAGAUAAAAUAAACAAAAGGAUGGAAACAGAUGUACUUAUAGUUGGUGCAACUACAGGAGGACUUAUUUUGUCUCUUGAUUUAUUUCGAAAAAAUAUAAAACAUAUAAUUAUAGAUUCAUGUGAAAAAAAUGUAGAAAAUACAAAAAUAAAUGAACAAUAUUUACUUUAUCCUAGAACCCUUGAAAUGUUACACGAUUUAAACAUUCUUCCUGAAAUUUUAUCAAAUAGUUUGAAAUUAACAGGUAUUAAUUUUUAUAUACAAAAUAAAUUAAUAAAUCAAAGUAGUAAAAAUUUUUUUCAAAGUAUAAAUGGAAAUAUGCCAUAUAUGCUAAGUAUUAAUAAAAUGUCUUUAAAUAAAAUAUUAUUAAAAAAAAUAAAAUUAAAUGGUUCCAAAAUAUGGUAUAAUACAUUAUUAUCACCAAUUCAAAAUCAAUCAACACAUUUUAUAAAUUGUAAUGAACAAAAUAAAUCUUCUGAAAAUAUAUCAAAAAAUAAUAAAUUAAAAUUCUAUUAUAAUAAUGUAAAGGUUAAAAAAUUAUACACAUUACCAUCACUUUUGAAAAAUAGAGAAGUAAAAAAUGCUCUUAUUAAAAAUAAUAACAACAUAGAAAAUAAUAAUGAAAGUUAUAAUACAUCUAAAAAUAUUUCUGAUGAAAAAGACAAUACCAUAGACGUCAAUUUAAUAACAUCAAAUAGUAAUUCUAUUUUUUCAAAUUUAUCAAAUAAAAAUAUAUCAAGUAAUUUCUCUUUUUAUUGUAGUACAGAUUCAAAUGAUACUCCUUCUUAUGAUAAUAGUGAUAAGACAUAUAGUUCCAAUACAAGUUGUUUAAGUAAAUUUUCAUCAGAUAUAAAUAAUAAGUAUAAAAUUGAAGGGUACAUAAAAAAGACACACGAUAUUAAUAAUGAAAAAAAUAUCCCAAAUAUAUUCUACGAAAAAAAUGACCCAAAUAUAUUCUACGAAAAAAAUGACCCAAAUAUAUUCUACGAAAAAAAUGACCCAAAUAUAUUCUACGAAAAAAAUGACCCAAAUAUAUUCUACGAAAAAAAUGACCCAAAUAUAUUCUACGAAAAAAAUGCUCGAAAUGGUAAUAUCACUGGAGCAACUGUUCGGGUAAAACAUAAUUAUAAUUAUUGGGAUAUGGAAAAAAAUAAUUCAAAAAGUUUAAGAAUAAAAAAAGAUAAAAAAAAAAAAAAAAAAAAACGAUAUUAUUCUUCUAUUAAUAGUAAAUUUAUAGUUGGUGUUGAUGGAAAACAUUCAAUAGUUCGAAAAUUAUUUAAUAUAAAAAUGAAAGAAAAUGAAAAUAAUGAUAUAGAAUAUAUAUCUGCAGAUAUAUGUGCAAAAUGGAGUAAUGAAAUGCAUUAUUAUAAUUUAUCUUUAUUUCAAUCAGAAUAUGGUUUUGUUACUUGUUUUCCCAUAUUUUUCGAUAUUUCAAAUGUUGAUGAAAAUAAUUUUUAUUCUACCAAUCCAAAAUUUAAAGAUACCAUAAAAAAUAUGAAAAAAGAAUUAUAUAUAAGAAAAAAUAAUACCUCUUCAAAUUAUAAAAAAACCCUCACCAAACCAAUCAAAAAAGAAUCUUUCGAAAUUGAGAAUCCACAAAAAUUAACAAUCAACACUUUGAGCGGUUUGCCAAUCAACACUUUGAGCGGUUUACCAGUUGACACCUUAAGUGGCUUACCAAAAUGUAAUACGAUGGAGCCAAAUAAUAUUACAUUUAUAAAAAAAUAUGUACAAAAAGAGAGAGAUAAACCAAGAGAAACAAUUCAUGAUAAAUUAUUACAACAAAAUGAUAUAGAAGACAAUAAAUUCCAUAAUUAUUAUGAUGAUAAUAAACAAAAUUUAAAUAAACUAAUUCAAAAACGAAAUAGAUUUAAUAAAAGUUACACAAAUGAAAUAUUAGAAAAAGAUAUUUAUAAAAAAAAAAAUUUGUUUAAAAUGAACAAGCCAAAAAGUGUUUGUCAAAAAAUUAACGAUUAUCAUGAAAAACAAAAUAAUAUUUUAAUGAAUAAAUGUCUUGUAGAAAAAAACGAACUUAAUAUAAAUCUUGAAAAAAAAAAGACAAAAGAAUAUUUUAUGAAUUUUAUAAAAAAAUAUGAAGAAAAAUUUACUUAUUAUAUUAAAAAUUAUGAUAAUAAAUUCCCAAAAGAUUUUUCACAAAAAAAUAAAACCACCUCAUUUUCAAUAAAAGAAAACGAUACAAAUUCUAUUUUAAUUAAAAAUAAAAACACAGAAAAUUUAACAAAUGAAAGUUUAAAAGAAGAUACAGAUAAUAACUAUGUUGAUGCAUUAAGUAAUAAUUCCAUGAAUGAAAUAAAUAAUCGAGCUUCAGAAUAUGCAAAAUUAGGGAUAUAUAAUUGGCAUAUAACUAUAUGUAGAAAAAUAGACAAAUCUUCCCAAAAUAAAUAUUUAUAUCCUAUUAAAAAAUCUAAAGAAAUAAAAUAUAUAGAAGUUAUAAAAUUAAUAAAUAAAAUAUUUCCAAAUACUGAAUUAUAUUAUUUAUAUAAUUUAAAAAUAGGAAUACAUAAAGAUAAAAUAUGUACAAAUUAUUAUAAUAAUUAUGUUGUAUUAGCAGGAGAAGCUAACUGUUUUUAUAAUCCAUUAUUUAAUGUAAGUGUUAAUUUAACUAUACAUGAUAUAUAUAAUAUAGGAUGGAAACUAAAAUAUAUUAUUAGUCAUGGAUGUACAUUAAUAUUAUUAGAAGGUUAUGAAAAAGAAAGAAAAUAUAUAUCUGAAAAAGUUGUAUCAUGGAAUAGAGAUAAAUUAAAUUUUAUUUUUAUCAAUAAUAAUGGUAAUAAUAAUAAUAUUUGUACAUAUUAUAAUAUACUUUUUUUUAAAUUUUUUGCUUAUAUAUUUCAAAAAUUUCCUACUAAUUAUAACAUAUUUGAAAAAUUAUAUUUAAGUACAUUUUUGCUACAACAUAAUUAUACUAAUUAUGUUAUUAAUAAUACAAGAAAUAUAUUUUUUUGUAAUAAAAAUAAUAAUAUAUGUGCAGACAGAGCAAAAAAUUGUAUUUUAAAAUUUAUUUCUUCAUUUAAUAAAAUUAAAGAAAAUAAAAAUGUUUCUUUAUAUGAUUAUUUAAAAAAUCAAAUGCACACACUAAUUUUGUGUAUAAAUAUAUCAAAAAAAGAAAAGCCUAUUUGUAAUUAUAUUACCACACAUUUACUAAAAAAUAAAUAUAAUAAAAAAUAUUAUAAUAAUCAAUUUGCUUAUACAUAUGAUAAAGCAGCUUUAAAAAAAUUAAUAAAAAUUGCUCGUUUAACUCAUAAUAUCAUGGGAAAAAAAGGAACUAAAAAUAACAACAACAAUUGUAGACAUCAACCUUUUUUAAAAAUUUUAUGGAUCUUAUGUAAUCAAAAUAAAAGUGAUUUUAUUCAAACUAACAAAAGUAUAUGUUCUACUAAUUUUAAUGUAUAUACACGAAAUUUUACUAUUAGCUCUUAUAAUAUACCAAAUGAAUUAAUUAAUACCAUAAAAAAUUCAAAAAUAAAAGAUCAAGUUAUUUUAUAUGAUUUUAUAAAUGAUUUUCAAAAGCAAUAUAAUAUUAACUUUUAUUUACCAAAUAAUUUUAUUUAUCAACCAAAUUUACAAUCCGCAAUAUAUAUUUUUAUACGUCCAGAUUUUCACAUUACCCACAUUAAUUAUGUAAAUGAUGACAACCAGAUUGCUUCCUUUCUCGACCAUGUAUACAAUUUUUAUGGUUAA